AUGUCGGAAAACGAAGACUGCAAAAAUCAUAACGUUGAACAAUCAUCACCUGUUCGACGAAAAUGGAAUUUUUAUCAAUUAUACCGGAUGGAUAAGGAGAUAGAUGAUAUUAAAACACAAUUAUUAGAAUGUGAAACAGAAUAUGAACAUACAGAGAUCGAAAUAUAUAAUUUUGAUCAAUUAAAAAAUAAAGGAACAUACGUAUUGAAAAAUGUGGAAAGACAAUACAACAAUUUGGAUGAAGAAUUAAGGGGAAUUCAUAGCAAUUAUAUAAAAUGUAUUGAGAAAGUAAAUUUCACAAAUGGAACUAUGCAGCAAACAAUGGAUUCUUUAACGUUAGAAAGAGAUAACUUAAAAAAAGAAUUGGACGAGUUAAUAAAGACAGCAGACGAAAAUAACAAGAAAUUGAUGGAAAUAGAAAAGAUGAUUACAAUCCAAGAGGUACAUUCCGUGUAUAUAUAUUAUAUCAACUCGAUGGACCGAAUUUUUAUGUAUAUUUAUUUGUAG